AUGGCCCUUCCCAUGCUCGUAGGCGGCGGCGCCGAAUGUGGCCCGUCGAACCCACUCCAGGGCUUGACUAAGAGAUUCGAUCAGGACCGCGGUUUGCAGCAGGACCAUUUCGGUGGUAGAGCUGGCCCAUCCAGGGAGGUAUUCCGUUCGUCGCAACCGGCCUCUUCCCCCUUCGACCAAGAUGCUGCGAAUUUCUUCGGAAAGGAGGGGCAUGCAGGCCCCCACCAGCAGCUCAUGUCGCCGCAACAGGGACCUGCGUUCGACUUCUCCGCAAUGCACUCUGCGUUACCUGCGGCUGGGCACAUGCAAGCCCCCGCGCCGAUGCACCAACAUCAGCAGAAUCAGCCAGCGACGAUGAAUUGGGCGGCGGACUUCCUGCAGCAGCCCGUGCUAACUGGGAAAAGCGCAGAGGCGAGUGGUCAGGCGAUGACUAUGACGCAGCGGGAGGUACAGGGGCAUGGUCCGGUGAAUAUGGGGAUGGGGAUGGGACAAGGUAUGUCCUGGGGCGGGGGACAUAUGUAUAGAAUGGACCCAAUGCAGAACAUGAUGGCUCCUAUGCCGGUACAGACACACCAGCAGCCAGAUAUGCAAACCGAUCGAAUUUCAUGGGACAAAGAGUUCCAAUCCCACGAGCAACUCCUCGCCAACCCCAUACAAGAAAUAGCUGAGCAGCUUGGCGAGCCCCAGCAGCAAACCCAACAAUCACAACACGCGCAGGACGAUCUCGCUCAGAUCGCCGGCCAGCUACUCGCACAUGUGCAGAACGAGCAGAAUCCCAAAUUCAAGCAGAGUCAGUUUCUGGGGCUGAUGAAGCAGCUUCGGGAUGGGGAGAUGGUGGUCAAAGGGAACGAGAUGGUGCAGAAUGACGGAAGCAUAUCGGUGAUGGCCACAGACGUCAAAGGCAAGGGACGCGCGGUGGAACCAGGGGGCGUGAAGGAGCCCUCGUACUUCCCAAUGAGCUACAACUCGCAAACGGUCUUCCAAGGACAACGCAUGUCCCCUACGCAGCUCACCACUCCAGCCCUCGCACAGGAAGACGAAAACGAUGCGUAUUUCCGGCAGGAGAACGAAGAGUACACGCGGUAUUGGAAUAAUGUGCAUUCGGGCGCGGCGAGACAGGCGGUGGAGCCGUCGCAAGCAUCUUCUUGGGAUCACUUGCAGGCGGACUGGGAUGCGUUUGAGGCGACGCAUGUGGGGAUUAAGCCGGUGGUUAAUUAUCAGUUCCAGAGCAAUAAUCCGUAUAUGCUGGGCGACUCAACGAGGCAUCAUAUGAUGCAUGCGAACCAGUCGGUGUAUGAAAGUGUAUUGGAAUUGGAGGCAGCAGUGCAAAGGGACAUGAGUAACGCAUCUGCUUGGUAUGAACUAGGAAUCAAACAGCAAGAGAAUGAACGAGAGCAGAAGGCCCUCCAAGCUCUUCGACGCGCCGUCGAACUCGAUCCAACCCACCUUCCCACUUGGCUCGCCCUCGGAAUUUCGCACACCAACGACAGUGACCGAGAAGGUACCUAUAAUGCCAUCAAAGAAUGGAUAGAGCGGAAUAAAGAAUACGAGGCCGUCGUCCGUCAUUGGAGGCAGAACACCCCGGAGGUUGCUGGCGCAACCAUUCACGAACGCUUCAACCAAUUAAUCCCCUGCUUGAUUGCGAUGGCGACUAGCAGCCCCCACGGCGCGGUCGACGCCGAUGUCCAGGUUGCCCUCGCGGUGUUGUUGAACACCAAUGAGGACUAUGAGAAAGCCACGGACUGCUUUAAUGCGGCGCUGGCUGUGAGACCGGAGGACUGGCUAUUGUAUAACAGGGUCGGCGCGACAAUGGCGAACAGCGGUCGCGCUGAGGAGGCUCGACAGUAUUAUUAUAGGGCACUGGAGCUCAACCCUGUGUAUAUCCGUGCGAGGUUUAAUUUGGGCAUCGCGUGUAUCAAUCUUCGGCGUUACGACGAGGCAGCGGGCCACAUCCUUGAUGCGCUGGCCCUUCAGGAUAACGACGGGGUUCGCGACUCCGAGGGUCUCAAUGAGAAGCGUGGGGUGACCUCCACGGCGCUGUGGGACAGCCUGAAGACCGCAUGCCUGCACAUGCAGAGAGUUGACUUGGCUACGCUAUGUGACCAUCGCGAUCUUGACGGAUUCCGUAAUGCCUUUCACGCCUAA